CCGCAAAGCUAUCAUGGGCGUCUAUGGCAGAGAAGAAUAAAAGCACACCGGUCAAGAACCUUGUUUCCAACAAGCUAUCAUCGACAACUGCAGCAGGAACGGCAACAACAACAACAACAACAACAGCAACAGUCAGUGGUGAUAAAGUCGAGAAUGAUAUCAAGGGAACACAAUUAUGCCAGUACUACAGGGCUGGUAAUUGUGCGCGUAAAGAAGCCUGUACCUUUGCUCAUGAAGAUACGAGUCGAGUUGUAAUUUGUCGUGAAUGGAAAAAAGGGUUCAACCAAUGCAAGAACGGAAAUAAAUGCAAAUUUUUACACACUGAAAAGCAGGCUGGCGGUGAACGGGAUACUUCUCUAAGAAAAACAAAACUGUGCAUUUAUUACAAGACCGGUGACUGCCCGCGUACUGAACAGCAAUGUAACUUUGCUCAUGAAGAUAUUAGCAAAGUGCAGAAACGUGAAGCAUGGGAUGGUUUCGAGUGUCCAGACGAUGAUGAGUGUGCUUUGCUCCACGCCAACGAUAGGACGCAACUAGAACAAUCCUCGUCUCCGCUACAACCAGUCAAGCGUGUCGAUUUGGGAGAUGAAGAAGCGUUCCCUGAUCUUGGCAGCGGUAAACACAACGACGACGGAGGAAAAUAUCUUGCCAAUGAAACGGCUGUAAGCAAGGUGAAUGAGCGUAACAAUGGCGAAAGCUAUGCCAUAGCAGCUAGGUUACGACCAGCGACUGUUAAAACUUCACCACCAUCAGCACAGUUCAGAACGGCAAAGAAGAGCACCAUGGAACGGCAAGAGGAUGACAACACAUUUUCUGCUAGCACAUCCAGCGAGGGCUCAUCACUGAACCGAAAAACAAAAAUUUGCGAGUACUUUCGAAAAGGAAACUGUGUCUUUGAUGAAGAAAGCUGUCAUUACGCCCAUGAGGAUCUCAGCCGAGUCCAUCUUUGUUACGCUUAUCUGAAUUCACACAAAUGUGAAGAAGUGCUCUGUCCGUACCUUCAUCAAGAGCGGGAUAUAAACAUUGAUAUUGACGUGGAUCAACCUGCUCGAAAGACCAAACUUUGUCUAAGCUUCUUACAACAGAAAUGUCCAUACAAGAAUGAAGAGGAUUGCGAGUUUGCGCACAAGGACACGCGAAAGGUUCCGAUUUGCAAGUACUGGCGUUCGAAUGGUCUGUGCCUCAAGGAUAAACAUUGCCAAUUUCUGCACGAGGAGCCUGUGGUUGAGAACAUUGACGAUUUGAUUGCCGGCGCCCUUGAUGUGAAAGGAUACCCCGUGUUGACCGAGCGUAUGAAAGAACUACUCAUCAAGAACGUCAUUCGAUCUGACUACAACUAUGCGACAGCUGCACGUCGAGAACCUGCAGUCUCUCCCCCACCAGCUUGUCAACCAAAGGAAAAAAAAAUCUCAUGUGUGGAUGAAACUGGUCGAGCCCCGAGGGGUGGUGUUAUCCGUACACACGUGCUUCAUUUAAGUGACGAUGAUAAUGAGAGCUGCGCUGAAUCUGAUGAAAAGGAGUUGCGUCAUACCAAGAAAUGUCGGCUGUGGUGGAAUACAGAUGAAAAGUGUAGCCGUUACAAUUGCUGGUACGCACACGAUGAUACCAGUAAGGUCAAGGAUUGCUAUUUCUGGAGAAAAGGAUACUGUUCAAAUGACACUGCUUGUUUGUAUAUGCACCGACCUCAAGACCGUAUUGAUGUGAAAUAUAUAUGCGAGCUUCCGGAUUUGAGCGACGAGGAUGAGGAUAACGUUUCUAUGUCAUCGUCGCUUGAAGAUGAAAGCGCAAUGACAAGCGAAAAGAUUAGAAAAUGUUCGCACUUUUGGUACGGUGCAGGAUGUACGAGAAAAAGUAGCGUAUGUCGCUACGCUCACGAAGACUUGCAGUAUGUCAGCACUUGCUACUAUUGGCAAAACAAGAAAGAAUGUCCUUCAGGCUCGGCAUGCGCAUACAAACACGGCGAAUCGCCCAGGGAAUUGGAAUGGGAUGAUAAUGCGCGCAAAGAUAUAUUUGCAAAGUCGCCUCCUUCAUCCUCUCUUCAACAAACUGCAUCCGGCCAACGCGCCAUGUGGCUAAACAAGUUGCGAACACCCCCUUCACCGGAAACGCUGCCACGCGUAGCCUCUGGUAGUGAGAAUAAUGAACUACGAUACAAGUCUAUGAGAGCACAGGCGUUUAAAUAUGGAGAAAAGAUGAAUAUGGAAACGGAACGAGCAGCCAAAGCCAGACAAGAAGGCAACCAAGAAGAAGCGGAGACACAUGAGUGCCGUGCCCUGGAGUAUUCCCGAUGGAUGAACCGAGAACAUGCCAAAGCAAGCCAGGCAAUAUUUAAUGCUUGCAAUAGCGACCCACGACACCGAAGCCGGUUUAUCGACUUGCAUGGACAGCAUGUUACAGAAGCUAAGCAGCAUAUCAAGCGAUGGUUCGAUGACUUUCAAAAGCAACGUGAUGUUGUCUACAUUGUCACUGGUGCGGGCCGACAUUCACGUAAAAAUGCAGUCAACAAGGGUCAAUUACGAAAGGCAAUCCAAGAAUACCUCGAAAAUAUGUACAUGUGUCACGAGACUCAUGUUCAUGGGGACGACUCGGGAGGUGUGUUUGCAGUCCUGUUUUGCGUUCACGAAUAUACUUCCAAGCAUAGUCGACAAUGUCUCAAGUGUCCCUAUUACCGAAAACAAUCACAGCAGUAACAGUAGUAAAAUUACUAGUAAAAUUGACAUCAAAUCAAUACUAAAUAAAGAGUACACGUGAAGAAAUCACUUCAUUAC